GUCCAAUUUUCAAACAUGGCUGCCGUCAGGAGCCACGGCUAUGGGCGCGGCCAUUUUACGGAGUAGGAACUGCCGUAAAUACGGUUGUCCUUGCUCUUUUAAACAUUUUAGGUUCUCCUCGGCCGCCGUAGGUGGACCAUAAACCCGUGCGAGGACUGCAGAAGUAGGAGCAGUUUACGGAAGUGUAACGUUGAGGCCCUUCUUGUGUAUCUGGAGAAAAUAGAGGUUAUGACUCCUCAGGAGCAAAAAACAUAACCUGAAGAGGAAGGAAGUGGAUUUGGGGUUCACCAUUUCUAGGGGCACACUUGAUUGAAGACUGAGACUUCUGAAGAGAAGGCCAGAAGAUACAAAGACAGACCAUCCCAGUUGAAUGCUGUCUUCCAAGAACAGAAGAAGAUGAUCCAGGCCCAGGAAUCCAUAACACUGGAGGAUGUGGCUGUGGACUUCACCUGGGAGGAGUGGCAGUUCCUGAGCCCUGCUCAGAAGGACCUGUACCGGGACGUGAUGUUGGAGAACUACAGCAACCUGGUGGCAGUGGGGUAUCAAGCCAGCAAACCGGAUGCACUCUUCAAGUUGGAACAAGGAGAACAACCGUGGACAAUUGAAGAUGGAAUCCACAGUGGAGCCUGUUCAGACAUAUGGAAAGUUGAUCAUGUGCUGGAGCGCUUGCAGAGUGAAAGCCUGGUGAACAGAAGGAAACCAUGUCAUGAACAUGAUGCAUUUGAAAAUAUCGUUCAUUGCAGCAAAAGUCAGUUUCUGUUAAGGCAAAAUCAUGAUAUAUUUGACUUACAUGGAAAAAGCUUGAAAUCUAAUUUAAGUUUAGUUAACCAGAGCAAAGGCUAUGAAAUAAAGAACUCUGUUGAGUUUACUGGAAAUGGGGACUCCUUUCUUCAUGCUAACCAUGAACGACUUCAUACUGCAAUUAAAUUCCCUGCAAGUCAAAAACUCAUCAGCACUAAGUCCCAAUUCAUCAGUCCCAAGCAUCAGAAAACACGAAAAUUAGAGAAGCAUCAUGUGUGCAGUGAAUGUGGGAAAGCCUUCAUCAAGAAGUCUUGGCUAACCGAUCACCAGGUAAUGCAUACAGGAGAGAAACCCCACAGAUGUAGUCUAUGUGAGAAAGCCUUCUCCAGAAAGUUCAUGCUCACUGAACAUCAGCGAACUCAUACAGGAGAAAAACCUUAUGAAUGCCCUGAAUGUGGCAAAGCCUUUCUCAAGAAAUCACGGCUCAACAUACAUCAGAAAACACAUACCGGAGAGAAACCCUAUAUAUGCAGUGAAUGUGGAAAAGGCUUCAUCCAGAAAGGAAAUCUCAUUGUACACCAGCGAAUUCAUACAGGUGAGAAACCUUAUAUAUGCAAUGAAUGUGGAAAAGGCUUCAUUCAGAAGACGUGUCUCAUAGCACAUCAGAGAUUUCACACAGGAAAGACGCCCUUUGUAUGCAGUGAAUGUGGAAAAUCCUGUUCUCAGAAAUCAGGUCUCAUUAAACAUCAAAGAAUUCACACAGGAGAGAAACCCUUUGAAUGUAGUGAAUGUGGGAAAGCCUUUAGCACAAAGCAAAAGCUCAUUGUCCAUCAAAGGACUCAUACAGGAGAGAGACCCUAUGGCUGUAACGAGUGUGGGAAAGCGUUUGCGUAUAUGUCGUGUCUGGUUAAGCAUAAGAGAAUACACACAAGGGAGAAACAAGAGGCAGCCAAGGUGGAAAAUCCUCCUGCAGAGAGGCACAGCUCAUUGCACACCAGUGAUGUCAUGCAGGAGAAAAACUCUGCUAACGGGGUGACUACACAAGUGCCUUCUGUGGCCCCUCAGACAUCAUUAAACAUCAGCGGCCUCCUCGCAAACAGGAACGUAGUCCUUGUGGGACAGCCAGUGGUCAGAUGUGCAGCCUCAGGAGAUAACAGAGGAUUUGCACAGGACAGAAACCUUGUGAAUGCAGUGAAUGUGGUUGUGCCUUCCGUGAUCAAUUAUGUCUUAUUUUAUGUUACAGAAAACCCAUAGGAAGAAAACUCAGAUCUAUGUGGAAAAGGGUUGAGCAAAAAUUUGUAGUUCAUUAUGUGGCCGAAAAGCAGACACUGAGAGAACAUGUAUAAGGCUGAGGCAGCCUGAUAAACUCAUCCUAUUAAAAUGUAUGCUGUGAUACACAGGCAAAUUUGAUGUUAACCUAAGCACAUACACAGCAAUUGCUCGAUUGUGUCAAUUAAAUGAGUAAAGGAAGCCCAAGUACUUUUAAGUGGAGGAAAUGAAGUACUGUGAAUUUUUAAAAGAGAUGAGAUAAUUGGUGUCGGGAGUGUUGCAGUGACUGAAAAGCUUCAUAAGGGGCAGUUGGUGGGAAAGGGCUAAUACUGGAAUGGUGGAAUGUGGGACACAUAUGUGUCAACUCAGUUUCCUUAGACCAGUGCCAGUGUGGAGGAUUAAUUGAAAGCCAGGACCAUAAACUUUCAGAACUUUGUAUUAUGCAGAGGGAUCUGUGAAACUAGUCAAUUUGUUUCAUUAAACAAAUAUUUUAAAAUUA